AUGACCACCUCCCACGCGCGCCCAGACACCGAAGCAAUCCCCUACCAAGGCGAGCCCCUCCCACACGUCGCCUCGGACCUCAUAAUCCCCAACGUCCUCUCCUUCGACUGCGACGAGAGGCUCUGGGUACCACAGGCCCCCAACGUCUGGUUUCGUCCGCUCGUGCUCUGCGUUUCCCAGGGCUAUUUCGUCAACAUCCUACGAGUGCGUCGCUCUGGGAUUCUUUCACGACAUCGGAAUUCCGGUCCUGUGCAUGCGACGACGCUGCGGGGAAAAUGGCAUUAUCUGGAGCAUGAUUGGUGGGCUACCGAAGGAAGCCAUGCUUUUGAGCCGCCGGGGGAUAUCCAUACAUUAGAAGUGCCGGAGGGAGUGGAGGAGAUGAUUACGCUGUUUCAUGUUACGGGUGCUUAUAUUUAUGUUGAUCCCGCUGGUAAUCCGGUGGGGGUGGAGGAUGUUUUCUCGAAGCUUUCGAGCGCAAAAGCACAUUAUGAAAAGGUUGGGUUGGGCGCAGAUUUUGUCGAUCAGUUUGUGAGGUGA